GGGCCGGGCCGGGCCGAGCGGGGCCGGGCCGAGCCGAGCGGGGCCGCGCUGCAGCAUGAACGGCAGCGUGGCGGGCGGCGGCGGCCUGGCGGAGGAGGUGAUCAGCCUCACGCGGGGGCCCUCAGGGCUGGGCUUCAACAUUGUUGGUGGGACAGAUCAGCAGUACAUUUCCAAUGACAGCAGCAUCUAUGUCAGCCGGAUCAAAAAGGAUGGGGCAGCUUACCUUGAUGGCCGAUUACAAGAAGGAGAUAAAAUUUUAGCGGUCAAUGGCAGAGACUUGAAAGAUUUACGGCACAAGGAUGCUGUGGAACUGUUCCGGAAUGCAGGCUAUGAUGUGUCUCUGAAAAUUCAGCGCAGGCUGCAGCCACAAAAUGGCCCGGCGAGUCAUCGAGGUGAUGGAGAACCAGGUGGGCUUCCUCUAGCAGCCAUUCUUGUGCCAGGCCUGGUGCUUGCUGUGGCAGCAGUGUGGAUCAUGCUGAGGUAUCGACAGCGGAUAUGAAGAGUUCAUGCUAGGAUGUAUUUUAAAGAAAGAGAGAAUCAACGAUCUUAUCACAGACUGAUGUCCAAAAGCAUCAUUGCCUAUCAUAAAGCUGCUGCUAAUGUUCUUUAUGUAUUGAUUUUCUUGUAGGGUAGAUGGAAACAGAAAGGAAAAGGGGAAGAAAGAUGACUGUGUUCACAUGUAGGGUGGAAUAGCUGUAUUUUUGACUAGUGUAAGGGAGUCUUUGGCUAUGUCCCUCUUUUCUGCAUUGUGAACUUUCAAACAUGCUCAUGUGUUCCAUGUUUUGAGAAGUUACUUCUGUUAAAGAGGCUGGGGGUGGGUUAGGGUGGUUUUAAAACAAAAAUUUUUACUAGAGACUUUGCCUUGUUCCCACUGAAUUCUUCUUGCAACCAAUGAUCCUUGUCUCUGAGCAAUGAAUAAAGAGGAGGAAUGUGGAGGGUAUUUUAUUUUUCCGUUUAAUUUUUUUUGGUUGUUGCUAAAUAAAUGCCUUAGGAAAAAUUGUAUAAAAUCUGAUCUGUGAUUUCACAGGUAAAAUUAUCAGUGUAGCUGCUGAUUUAAAGCUAAUGUGCAGUCUUGAUGAAGAAUUCUGCUGUUUCUGUAAAGACAGAAGAUAGCCUGCUGCUAGAAAGAAUCAGAAGGGCUGCUUAAUCUUGAGUUAGACUUGCAAGAAGAAGCUUUCCACAAGUGCUGAGAAAGAGACAGGCAGACAACAGAAUCACAAGGGUAAGCAAUGGCAAGAGAUACCCGAUGGUCAUGCUGAGGGUGCAGAAAGGUCUUUAAAGUGGCAAUGAAGCAAUAGCACUUCCACCCAUCAAGCUACUUGAAGUCGUUCAGGUUAAAGGUCUUUUUUGCAUUGUUUUGGGGGUUGUUUUUUGCAUGGGAAUUUCUUCAGAUAAAGGGGUUUUUUUUGUUUUUGUUUUUUGCAUUCUGCCAUCACAAAAAUCUUAGAAUGAUGGAAGCCAGGGAGCCCAGAGCAGUCUGAGUUCAUCUUGGCUAUUGGUUAUUUCCUAAGACUGAUGUGGUGUUGAGGAGAUAGACUGGCAGGUGUUAGCCAGAGUGAGGCUUAGUAAAUAAAACGGAAGGAAGAAACCCUUACUCUGAAAAGAGUGUUGCUGAAAUUACCUGCAGGACCUUAUUUCCUCACUGUGAUUUGUAUGAUUUUAAACACCUCGACUGACCUAAGCUCUGUGGGGAAAGACCUAUUUCUCUUGUCUCCAAGAAAGAAUGCUUUUUGUUUGUUUUGUAAAAGAAAACCAAAAUGUAUAGUUUGGUCUGUAUGAUGCCAAAAAAAAUCACCUAUGCAAUGUAUAUGUAUUCAAACAAAGAAAUCUAUCUGGUCUUUUGAUGCUUUA